CUUGCACCACACGGUGGAUCGGCUGUAGCAAGGGCUGAGCAAGAAAAGAAUACUGUUCUGUGAAGGAGAGGUCCCCAAGGUUAUCCAAGGGCUCAAGUUCCUGUCCUUUCAUCCGGCCGGACAGUCACGCGGGCUUUCUCGACCGACAGCAACACCCAUUCGAAUCCCAUCUUAAAUACCCGAGCUCGCCUCGCAGUCCAUCUUUUUGCUUGCUGCAACGGUCCCUCCUCCUGAGUGACUCCUCAACCGGCCAAUCUUAAGCCAGAGCGCUGUCCCCGACUAGCCAACCACAGUUAGAGAGGAGAUCAAAGCAGAACAUCAGAGAGCCGACACGGGGUGGGGGGAGAGAGAGGGCUGCUGCUCCCUAGCAUCUCGGAAAACACAAUGGCAAGUAAGACCAUGACAGCUGCAGCUCCUGCCUCUCCGGAGCAGGUAAUCUGAAUAGGAGCACAGCCCCAAAGAUCCGAGGCAGCCCUGCUUCUAGCAAACCAAAGCGAUUGCUGAGGCCCCUAUGGGCGGCCAUUGAAGCCGGCUUUUCUGUAGAGGAGAGGGGGCCCAGAGUCUUUCCAUCCAUCUCCAGCACACGCACCCACGACCCACCCCCUGGCACUAGUGUCACUCUCCCAACUUAGAGCCACGGGAAGGCGAGGGCCCGGCAGGAUCUUCUGCGUCGCAAACGAAAACGAGUGGCUAACUUCGGUGCUUAGGGGGGAGGGGGAAUUGCCCCCUCCAGCGAUUUUGGCCUGGGGCUGCUUUCCCAGUCCGAGGCGGACGUCUGGAACUAGCAGGGGACUCGGCUCCUCCUCGUCUGGGAAUAAUCUCCGGAUUAGCCAAUAUGAUUGCUGGUUAAAAGAACCACUGAAGAAGAUGCAAGAAAGUGAUUUCCCCAGCAGGCUCCUUCGCUGUAGAGGAAAGGAAAUGACUUUGUAGCUGAAAACAAAGAUCUUUGUGGAUCAAGGCACUAUUCCAAGCAGAAGAGGACAAGAAGCUCUGGCCCAAGAUGAAUUACAGCACAUCCACUGUGAACACUUUGUAUCACAGCAGUACUGCCACUUCUGAGCCAGACCAUGGGACAACUGUAGAUGGGGCAGGAUCAGAAACUGCUACGAUGACCCCUGAAACCAGCAGCUUUAACAGCACCAAAAUUCCAGAUGUGGCCAGCAACAGUGCUGGCAUGGGGACCAUGCUGCUCUCCUUUGGCAUCAUCACUGUGAUUGGAUUGGCUGUUGCUAUGGUUCUGUAUAUCAGGAAAAGGAAACGACUAGAGAAGCUACGACAUCAACUCAUGCCCAUGUACAACUUUGAUCCUGCUGAAGAACAGGAUGAACUGGAACAAGAACUCUUGGAGCAUGGCAGAGAUGCUGCUUCUUUGCAGGCCGCCCAGAACAAGACAAACCAAGGGGUGCUCCAGAGACCUAGUCGCCUUGUAUUCACAGAUGUUGCAAAUGCCAUCAAUGCAUGAACAGUGCUUCCUCUACCUGAGACCCAGGAGGACGAUGCUGCCGCCGCUACCAACAACAAUUCCAGCUGGGGAGAAGGCACCAGGAACCAAUGUAUUUCAGGAAUGAAGACUGUGUUGGUGCAUCUGUUGCCAUCAAAGUGCCCCAUGCUGCUACACUCAGAGUUUGGUUGGUAAUAUAUCAUGCUGUGUGUGAUAGAAGAUGCAAGGUUAUUUGUAGAUAGAUUGGUCAGAACAUAUAUAGUGACAGGCUAGUUGUGGGAACCAGAGCAUCAGUUUCCAAAGUCCUCCUCAACUCGGGAGGAAGUAUCCUCACUUCAGAGUCCUGCAGGUUAAUCCAAGCCACUUCAUGCAGUAGAAUAAUAAGGUGACUCCUGUGGGUGUAACCUUUUGGAACUGGAAGCCUGGGCAGCUGUCUCUUAACAUGUUGCCAUAAGUAUAUGAUGCUGUCCUAGGGAACAUGUGCACCACUUGGUUGUCCUGUCUUGUGUCCCUCAUGUGCAGUAGAAGCUGCCCUUAAGCAUAAUCACAAGGUCUAGGAGUUCCUUUAUGACCUUCCAUUAGAUUUCCCCAGCAGAGGUGUUCUGUUAGCAAGCCUUUGAGAGGCGGUUGGGUAGAGAUGGAUGCUGUGACUAGCUGUGGUAGUGAAGAGCAUGGCUUCUAGAAGCAGGGAGCUCUUGUUUAUCAGAAGUGCCAUCUCUUCUGAGUAAGAAUAGCUCCAGAUGGAGGAGAGAAUAAGAGCAGCAAUAUCAACGAAUGGAUUUUGAGAUAAUUCAUCCCAUCCCUGUUCAGCCAAUGACAGUGAGACUUGGUGACAGAGCAGUCACUUUUUUCAAGAAUAUUGUGUGCACAUGCAUAUUCUUGCAUAUAAACAAUCACAACUCAGUUCAUCUCCACGCAGAAUGGGUAAAAGCCUAAGCCUGAUCCUGAUCUGCAUUUGCCCCUUCUAAAAGAGGUAAGAGAACCUUAAAAGCAAAGAGAAGUACAGGGCAGUUCUAUGCUUUAAGUAUUGGUUGCAUCCUAGGGGUCUAGUACAUUUUGUACAAAUGAGGCCGCUUUAUUUGAAUAAAUGAUGCGAAGUAGGCCAACUUUCAUAUGCUGCACACUUAAUGUUAUCCAGUUUUUGGCUUUUGUUUUGUUCCAGUCAUUUUGGCAUGGGCCUAAGGAAGAAAGGGGUUCAAAUUUAUAGAGCAGAAAGGGAUGCUUGUUCAGAAGCACAUGUCAAUUUAUUGUACAUGAUGCUUGUUCAGAGGGACAUGACCAUUUAUUGGAAGAUCCAUCUAAAUGUCUUAUAGUUUAACAGGAAUGUCCUACAAACAUUCACAUUUUUAAUCACACAUAAAGACAAUGUUUGGUCAUUUUAAAGCAAUGGCUUAGAUAUUGCAGAAUCUACAGUAGAUUCUGCAUCGGAAGGAGAUGUUUUCACACUCUGUGGUAUAACCCCUGGGUUGGGUAUUUAUGUAUUUAUAACAUUCAUGCUCUGCCUUUCCAUUUCUGUCCUGAAGGAGGUAAACUGAAUCACAGUGACGCAAAGCAAUUGCAACAAACCAAAAACAAAUUAUAGAAAACAUAAGGAACUGUCAUAUGGGAAAUGAUUCUUGGUGGAAAAUUGGAGAGCUGGGCUUGAGCCAUCUAUCUGCUACUGGCUGCUAGUGCUGCUGUCUUCUUAUGCCAUCAACACAAAGAGAAACCCAGAACCUCAGACUUAGUUCACCACUGUCACUGUGAAAAUCAGCAUCCUAGCUUUCCCCUUCCUUCUCCAAGAAGGCUAAGUGCACAUUGUUUAUCUAUUGUAUUUUCAGUGAAAAGUAUGGGAAAGGGUGCUUUGUUUUUGUUUGUUAAUACCCAACAACUGGGGCUUUAUUGGCCUCAUAGAUAGGACUGAAUGGAUGAUAUAAGGAAAGUAUAAGCAAGCAGAUUAUAUAAGCAAAAUUCUGGCAACUGCCAAAAGGAUGCAUAACUUGCAAGUGUGACAAUAGAGCUGUAGUGAGGAGUGGCAGGUUCAAGCAGCGAGAAUUAAACAGUCAAGCAAUGUGAAGACCCAAGCGAAUGUGCAGUGUAUGUGCAGACAUUUUGUGGGUGCUUUUACACUUUAAUAUAGGUUGUGUCCAACCCAAUACCGUGAGAGGUGGGGGAGGCUCUUAUACACAGAUGUACUACUCUAUACAAAAAAGUGUAGUGUAGUAUAGUUGCAGUUUCAUGCUGAGAUGUACCAGCUGUCUGUCUGGGCUCACUAUGUGAGCAAAACUGCUCUGGCUGGCUGAUUCUCGCUGCUUGAACUUGCCACCUCUCACUACAACUCUAUUGCCAUGCUCGCAAGUUAUGCUUCCUCUUCUUUUCUCCCCAACUACACCUUAAGAAAAACACCUUUUGCCACCUUUCUGCAAACUUCUCUUGAAAUUGAAAUGGGAUGCUGGUCAGACCUUUAAGAAUAUCACUCCUGUCCUUCGUAUUCUAAAUACAGGGCCUACCUGGAUAGAAUGCUUGGUUUAACAUAGUGGUUUUGUGCAAGAGGCAGGCUGUAAUUCACAUGAGACUGGGUCUCUACAAGAUAUGCAAGACACUCAGCUGUCACACAGAUUGGUUAGUGGUGUGAUAUAUGCGGUACAUGCAUCUGUAUAUCAGUGCUAUUGAUGUGUUGUCACCUAAAGGUUUUUUCAGUGCAUGCAGUUUGUCAGUCAGAAAUUGGGUCUUUUCUGGAGCUGCAGUACAGUUCAAUAGUGGGUGUAUUAUACAGACAACUGGCUGUGUGAAUAUACGGUGUCCAACUCCAUAAACUAGAACUUAGCCAGUUUAAUUCUCCCUGUUCCUAUAUAUCUCCAUCUCUUUUAAGGUAUAUAUAAUCACAAAGCCCUGUGGAAUGAAACUUUUCUCUGUCAAUACAUCUUUUCCUAAGGGCAUUCACACAAACGCCAGUAACUCUAUUCCCUUCAUUCAGCCUAUUUAAUACUGUCUCCAAAAACACAAAAGCAAAAAAACACCCUCAGUCGAUUCCAAGGGCUCAUUUUGAUUCUACAAUUCUCAGUUGACCUUAAGUUAACUUUUCUUACAACAGCUGAUGUUGAAAUCUCCAACAAUCCAGGCACCAUGGUAUUAGUGGCAUCUCAGGGGAGGCUGCUGAUAAGAAGGUGAAGUAUAUGAAAGAUGUAGGUCAGAUUCUAGGCAGCUGCCAAACAGCUUGGCUCUGUUGCGCUCAGCAUGUGCAAUGCAGGACAGCCGAUCACAGCAGCCAGCCGUUGGAGUCAAACCACUUCCCGUGUCUUAUGUUUUGGGGGCGGGGCGGAGGUUGAGCUUUGGCUGUAGAUGGCCCCCAGUAAUGCUGAGUUGUUGGAAAGCUCCCCAGGGGGCAGCAGCUGUGCCUGUUUUCCAGAAGCAGUAUGCUUUGCAGCGCUGCCACUGUGAUGUAGUACUGGGUUUCUUUUUCUCUUCUUUCCCUUUUCAGUGACAGCAUUGGUGGUUAAGUAUUCUCAUCAAUGAAGCAAAAAAAAAAAAAAAAAAAAGUCGCUGGAAAACAUGAUGUUUCCCAAAAGCAACAAUGAAGUGCCAUUAACUGAAACCCUUGCAAUUCUCAGGCACUUGAAAACAUAGAGGCCGAGUGCGUACCAGACUGACUGCGUAUUUGGUACAAACAUGCACUUUGAUCAUGUGCUAUUUCUGAAAUAUAUACUAUAAUAUGACUGGCCCUAGGCAGGAAACGGGGUGUUACAGUUCCCUUCACUCAGCAAGCUCUGCCAUGCGUUGGAGGCUCUCUGACAAUGUAGUGCUGACGACGACUACUAAAAGAGUGAUAUGGGUAGUUGCCAAGCUUGUACUUGCAGUAUUCUUCUAAUGCAAUAGCCCUUCUUACAUGGUACUUGGAAGUAUCUGCAUAAUGUAAGAUAAUUAUUAUGACGUGUCCCUGUAUUUGAGAUGCUAUUAAAGUAUUAAUGUGAAA